AUGGCAACGUCAACUAUGGAUGUUCUUGAUUUCCAACACACCCCUUUUUAUUGUGAGGAGAAUGUAUAUUUGCUUUGCAAGAAGUUGUGCAGUGAUGGAAUCGCAAAAGCUGACGGAUCUGAUCUUUUUGUUGUCUUCAUUUCCAAUGAAAAGAAACAAAUCCCACUAUGGAAUCAAAAGGCUAGCAAAAGAGCUGAUGGGGUGAUUCUAUGGGAUUAUCAUGUAAUUUGCAUUCAGAUAAAACAAGGAGAUGACCCUCCAGUAGUAUGGGACUUGGAUUCAACUCUUGCAUUUCCUUCACCUCUACCUUCAUACGUGUCUGAAACAAUACGCCCGACUUUUCAACUUUUUUCUGAUUAUUACAGAUUAUUCAGAGUUGUGCAUGCUCCGAUAUUUCUUCAUAGUUUUGCAUCUGAUAGAAGACAUAUGAAAGAUUCUGAUGAAAAGUGGAUUGAAGAACCUCCUCCGUAUGAACCUAUAGUUGCAGAAGAUGGAACAGUGCACAACCUGAAUGAAUAUAUUAACAUAUCUAUUGCUGAUGUUAUUACCGAUAUUACUAUCAGUUCAGUCAAAGAUAUAAUUUUCACCCAGAAAAAUGGUGUGGUGAUAAAGGAAAAUCAGCUUGAGGAGUUCAUUUGUCCGUUAUCUUCUUUAGAAUAG